CGGGACUCUAGGCAUCAAAUAAAAGCAGCGUACUGUGGCUCCUUGCACAGAUGUGAUCAAGGAAGAUACUGAAUCAAGACGAGAGGAUGAUUUCCAUCACUUUUGCAUUGUUUCUUUUCACUGGUCUGCAAAGCGUUGCGCUGACCUUUAAUAGUGAUGGCUCGCUUGACACACCAGCUACGGUGAUGGAAGCUGGGAGCCCCUGUGAUGACUGCACCAAAAUAUUGAACCUCCUUGUUGACCUGCUUUCCAACGCUGACCUCCAGAAAAAGAUCACGGAGAGCCUUGGCAACCUGUGUGACCACCUGCCUGGGAAAGCUAGCAUGAUUGAACUCUGCAAGGAGGAAGUGGACAAAAUCCUCCCGGUGGCUAUCAGCUUCUUGACCGUUGUCGCAAAGCCGCAGGACAUUUGCAGAAUCAUUGGGCUCUGCGGCUCCAACGACAAGCAGGAGAUGCUAAGCUAUUCGGUCAAAGAGGCCUUCCAGGCUGCCAUGACGGGUGACAAUGAGAAGCCCACAUCACCGUGUGCCUUUUGCAUUUUCUUUAUCAAGACAUUGGAUGACCUGUUGCCCAAAGAGAGGACUGAGGAGGCUGUGGUGGAGCUGAUGGAGGACAUUUGUCACAUUGUCCCCACCUCCUACCGCAGUCAGUGUGAGGUGUUGAUCGGCAGGUUCAGCAAGACGGUGAUGGACGCCAUCCUGAGUUACGCGACCCCUCAGGCCAUCUGCUCCCUCAUCCGCCUGUGCAAGAUUCAGGAGGGUCCUCUGAUUGACCCCUGCACCCUGACAACAUACAGGUGCAGAGACCUGCAAACCUCUCUCAAAUGCGGAACUCUGUUCUACUGUCAAAAAUUUGCCUGGAAACCCCUCAGCUACAACACACAGUAAACAUCAGAGUGGAGUGUGCACUCAUGUAGCUGAGCCAGGUGUUGCAACAAAUUCUCUCGUGAUAUUAUUCCUGACAUCUUUAUCUAAAUAUAUACUGUGAUGUAUGAUUGUGCUAAUGUGCAUUUCAUAACAAUAUACUGUACCUGCUUCAAUGCUGUAUUUUUUGGCAACACAGUAAAUUCAUCUGAUAUAUCUGCAUGAAUGUUUAAUCAUUUGAAAAAUGAGACAAAUUGUCAAUGACCUAUGGACGAUUAGUUGCUCA